GAGAAACCUGACUCUUGCUGCCUCCGGGCUUGGUGGCUUCUCUCGGGUUUUCUUUAGUUAAUCAGGGGAAGGCUGCACACUCGCUUCAGGGACGAACUAAAUGUUGUGUCUGUAAGCAAGCUACAACAGUCAUGCAUCUUGCAAGCACUUUGAAACGUGCCCCUGCUACUGUUCUGCUGAAAAACAGGCUUAUUAAGGUGGUAGAAACUACUAUAAAGUAUUUCAGUUUAAUAAGUCUGUUAUUCCGGUCUAUACCGGUGACAUGUUUAGCAAGUUUUUGUACAUUUCAGCAACUGCGUUGAGUAUAAGAACAAAUAAAAGUAAGACAAGAAUAAGGCAAGAACAACAAAUGUUGAUUUUGGGUUAUGAACAGAGGGCUAGACAUCCAAAUAUGAAUAGUGCCAGGGUAUUGAAAGGAAAAUGUGUCCCAUUGUUUUUCCUAAUCAUGAGUCUGGAAAAUUAUCAAAGUUAGUUUACAUUAGGAUGGGCUGACAGGCUUUGGCUAACAUAGACUUUCUCAGCCUUAGUUUAUCACAACUUUAGAACUUAGACAUUAUUAUGAGGUCACCCAUUACCUUGGAAUUUCUAAAAGAUAUUAAUAUUAAACUAGGGACAGAAAGCACUACAGUGCCUAGGAUCAUAUUAAUAUCUAUUUAAUAACUGCUGCCAAGUUCAAAAACCAAAACUUCAUUAUGAUAGCAUCUUUUAUACAAUAAUCAGGUAGAAAUUGUUUGGGUAUUGUAAAGUGUUUCAUGGCAAAACAUUAUGAUAGUUAUUGCCAAUGGUAUUGUGCCAUAGUGUAAUAUAAUAUCUGGGGUCUUAUGUGCAGAAAAUUAGCAUAAGGAGAAUUUCUACUUGUAUGAGAGUUUUGUAAUACCUUCAUGAAGUUAACACAUAACUUCACCAGUUGUAUUUAUACUAGUGAAGAUUCCUAUCAUUGCGUUUGCCUAAAGAAAUGUGGGCUUCUAAUAGCUGCAGGGCAGAGAAAUGGCUUCCCUGGAACUAUAACUGCUUUAUUACACAGCUGUCAGUUGUUAAUUUAAUGGCAUUAGCCUAGGUUUGUUGCGAAUUCCUUUUCUGCAAGGAUGUUUUAGGAGCACUGUUAGGAGAGAGAAGAAAAAAAGGGGAGUUUGGACUUCCCCAUUUAUAUUGUUAAUGACUUCAUUAUUUGCAUUUGAAACUUGAUACUUAGACCAUAAUUUAAACCUCUUUGUGGGGUUUUAGAGGCAAUAUUAUGGUCAGCUUUUCCUGGUGUGCCAUCUGCUACCUUCUUUGAACCAGUAUAACCUCAGUAUCUCUGCCUUUAAAAUUUCUCAGUGGGAUGAUUCGAACAUAUUUGAUUCCAGCUAAAUUUAUAUUGUUUUUCUGUUAAUGCAACACUUGCAGCAUUAUUGCAGAUAGAGCCCUAUUCUCCAUGGAGCUACUCUUGAAGAUGGGUUGAAAAUUGCAACUAGCUAAUUGCUUCUAUCCAAUAGUUCAGUGGGGUUGGAAGUCACACUGCUAUAUUCAUUGUUUGUAAAGCUGCUGGAUCCAAUAUAAAUCUGACGGUCACUUAGGAUCAGGGAUUGAAAAUAAUACACUCUUUCCCAGGGCAAGUGAUGAGGAAGGGUUUUCAAAGAACUGUUAAUGCAGAAAAAUCAGAAUUUAAUGAAGACCAAGCAACAUGUUGUCAAAUUUCUAUCAGGAAGAGACAAUUUGGGCAUGGCAGAGAGGAAGACCAGGAAUGGCUAAUUUUGUGUUCUAAUGAGUAUCUGACAGGCUAUUACUGGGCACUGUUUGAUGGCCAUGGUGGUUCAGAAGCUUCAAUUCUGGCCUCCAAUUACCUGCAUUGUUGCAUCAAGCAGAAACUAGAGGAUGUGAUCGAAGGCAUCGCUGAAGAUAAUCCUCCAAUGCACCUCAGUGGUCAAUGCAUUUGCCAGAAUGAUCCACUGUUUGUGGAAGAGAAGAAAAUUCAGCAGGAAAAUGUGGUCAUUGGAGCUUUGGAGAGUGCCUUCCAGGAAUGUGAUAAAAUGAUAGGCCAAGAGAUGAAAGCAAGCAACCAAUCAGCAGGCUGCACUGCACUAGUUGCUCUUUAUCUGCAGGGAAGGCUCUAUGUGGCAAAUGCAGGUGAUAGCAGGGCACUUCUUGUUCGAAAACGGAGCAUCAUUCCCUUGAGUUCUGAAUUUACCCCUGAGACAGACAGGAAGAGAAUCCAGCACCUGGCUUUCAUCUACCCAAAGCUCUUAGCAGAUGAGUUCACACGGUUUGAGUUUCCAAGGAGAUUGAAAGGAGAUGAUUUAGGCCAGAAGGUCCUCUAUCGAGAUUACUCAAUGGAAGGCUGGGGAUACAAAACAGUAAUGAAAGAUGAUCUCAAAUACCCUCUGAUUCAUGGAAAUGGGAAACAGGCUCGUUUACUAGGCACCCUGGCUGUAUCUCGAGGCCUGGGAGAUCAUCAGUUGAAAGUAAUUGAAACAAAUAUUGAAAUUAAGCCUUUUCUCUCCUGCAUCCCUAAGGUGGAAGUAUUUGACUUAAUAUCAGAAAAUGUUAAUGAAAAUGAUGUCCUCAUCAUGGCAACAGAUGGCCUUUGGGAUGUUUUGUCCAAUGAAGAGGUAGCCCAAAUUGUCACAAAUUUUCUUCAGAACAAUACAACUGAUCCAUACAGGUUUUCAGAAUUGGCCAAAUUGCUUGUGCAAAAAGCAAAAGGGAAGGAAGAUGGUUAUUACUGGAUCAAGGAGAGUAAAGAGCCUGCUUCUUAUGAUGACAUUUCUGUAUUUGCAAUUCCAUUGUAUAACAAGAAUGAAUAUUAAACAAUCUGCUGCUGUUAAAGGAGGCACAACUUGUCUUCAGAUGGUAAUGGAACUGUAUCAAAACAUACAGUUGCUGAAAACUGCAAAUUCGGGCUUUGAAAGCAGAAUUACAGAAUUUGAAGAGACCUUGGAGGUCUUCUAGUCCAACCUCCAGCUCAAACAGGAAGCCCUACAUCAUUCCAGACAAAUAGUUGUCCAAUCUCGUCUUAAAAACUUCCAGUGUUGGAGCAUUCAUAACUUAU